GGGAGACUACACACACAACUUGAGAUUUAACCUUUCUCAUACGUUUUUUCUUUUGAGUAAUAAAAUAUAAUUAGCUACUGAUUGAGAGAGCUAGAGCUAGAGAAACCAUUCUCUCGCCGGAGAGACAUGGCCGGGACAUCUUCGCCGGAGAAAUGCUCCACGUGGCUUGAUCUAAACAGAGAAGAGGCGGUGGAGAAGAACAACGAAGAAGAUCAGUCAUCAGUUGAAGACGAAGACCAACAUGUCACGAGUAGUAAUAACGUAAGACAGUAUGUUCGAUCCAACAUGCCUCGGCUUCGAUGGACGCCUGAUCUUCAUCUUUCCUUCGUCCGUGCAGUCCAACGACUAGGCGGUCCUCAUAGAGCGACACCGAAAUUGGUUCUUCAGAUGAUGAAUCUGAAAGGAUUGAGUAUUUCACAUGUCAAGAGUCACUUGCAGAUGUAUCGGGGUAAGAAGCUCGAGGCAUCGUCUUUCCAUGAGAUUGGAGCUAUGAUGGGUGGACAAAGAAGGUGUUUGUUAGACAUGAGUUAUGGCGAUUUAAGAAAUGUCUAUAACACUAAAACAGUUCCUCUAAGGGUACACAACCAAGGCGCGGUCUUUACAAAUCUUGGAGGUAACUUUGUUAUACGACCUUCGAGCUGGUGUAACGGAAAUGAAUGGCAUGGUUUCUGUGGAGGACUUGACAGAGACAGCACCAAGAGCAAGACUCUGCCUCUACUCGAGAUUAAGAGGACGACCCAUGAGAAAAGAGUCCGAGAAGAACAGGGGAGAGAAGUAUCAUCAUUAGCCAAACGAUCAAAACUAAUGUCCGGAGGUGGAACUCAGUUACCUGAAUUUGGAAAUUGCAGGCAGAAACCAACAGAUGGUAUCAACACGAUGCUCUCGCUCUCUCUGUUCUCAACAUCAUCAGGAGACCGUAGCUGACGUAGUAGAGACAUAAAGGUUGAACUUUUAAAGGGAUUCAAGGAUAGAUCGACUUUUCCUUAGCC